CAGGAAAAGCCUAGCAAACACAUCUCACUUUUCCAUUAGCGUCUCCUCGCUUUUUUGUUUAUUUACCUAAUAAACAAACUCUGUCAGUUCUCCACUGGGUUUACGACAAUCUGUCUCAACUGUUCUGUGAUGGAUGGUGACAGUGAAAUAAAGGAGCAUCUGAGGAUUCAGUUUCAAGCUCUUCAAGAGCAACAAGUUCAGCGCAUUCAACGAAGACUGGAGAUGAGAAACGAGAUGGACAGAGAUCAGACAAGCUCAAAUGCUGCUCCUCUCAGCAGUCUGGACAGUAUGAACCUCACAGAAGAGGAUGAAGAUUUGAUGGAUCUGUUCAAUGCCAGAGUGAUCCAGAAUGAAAAUGAACAGUUGAACGAUCAGCUAAGAGAGCUGAGGGAUGAGAAUGGCAGAAUCCAUAAACUACUGAGUGAGAAAGACUUUGAGAUAAAACACCUGAAGAAGAAGAGAGAAGAGGAGAGGUUGGCAUUAGCAGGAACUGCUGGUCUGGCAGGAGAUGCUGCAGCGACCAAAAUUGUGGAACUGUCCAAAAAGAAUCGAGUGUUAGCUGCUGAAAUUGAACAACAGAAAACCAAAACUAAACAAGCAAACAACCGAGUCAAAGAACUAGAGAAAGAGCUUCAGGCCACAUUGUUACUUCAUCCUGGACAGAAGUCAAACAAAAAGCAGACUUCAACGAAUUUAGAAGACCAUCUUGAGAACAGUCCAGUUGUAAAAUCCCUACAGGAGAAACUAUCUGCUGCCCAACUCAAAAUGACUGAGUACCGUAACCAGAUCCAGUCAUUUAAACAAGAGUUAAAAAUAGCUCAUAAGGUGCUAAGCUGUGAGGUGGGUGAGGAUGUCAGUAUUCAGCAGAUACUGUGUAAUCCAGGAGGCUGGAGAGGUCGCUCACAGCAGAUCCUCGCCCUUCAGAACAGAAUGCGAGACCUGGAACAACAAUUGAGCCAAUCAUCUCACAGGAAGCAGCUAUAUGACCUUGGUCUGGAGGAGGAGAUCUGGCCUGGAGGAGGAGGACCUGGAAGUUUGCAGAAGACACAGGACAGAAACCUCAGCCACAUCCGUAAUAUAGAGAAAGAGCGAAAGGAGACACUGGAGAAGCUCACUAUGAAUUAUGAAGUUCUGCUUGAAGAGCAUUCAGACACGAAGAAGAAACUGGAGGGCUCCAAAGCCAGAAACAAAGUGUUAAGCACAGAAAUCAGAUCACUGAAGAGCCAGAUCAGCACUCUACUGGAUAAGGGCAAACAUGACAAUGAGCUGGUCGAUGCCUUAUUGAAGCAGCAGACGCAGUGGCAGGCCAUGUUGCGUCAUGUGAGCCAGAAAGGGUCCCAGCUCGAAGAGGCCCAGCAGGACCUGGAGAAGCAGCUGCAACGUGAGGCCCAGCAGGACAACUCCCUCAUUCAACAGCUCAAACAUAUGGUGUCAGAGAAGGAAAAGAAAGUGAAGGAGCUGGAGCAGGAGAUUCAACAGCUCGGCCUAAAGAAACAAGAAGCAAGUGGCCACCAGACCUUCACACCACAACAGCAGAACAGCAGAGAGUCCAACUCUGCCAGGGAUGCACGAGCGGCCUGUCCAGAGUGUGCUGUUAAAAUCCCAUCACUUCAAGCUCAGUGUGCAGAGUAUAAGGCUCUCUAUCAGACUGUUAGUGUGGAGAGAGACAGACUGCUGGAGCUGACCAAAGUGCAGCAAACCAGGGAAGAAGAGGUGAAGCGCCAAUGUGAAGAAGCUGAGCAGAAACUUCGACUAGAACGGCAGCGUUCAGUUCUACUGGAACAGCAGCUGGAGAGAGCCAAACUGGACUCAAAGAAAGAAUCAAGUCUGCAAACAUCUAACCGGAGUAGAAGAGGAAGCUCUGGCAGCACUCUGAGUCUCCCUGAGAAACAGGAGGGCUUGUCUCCCAGAAACUCCUGUGAAGUCACCUGUGAUGCUCAACUAAGUGAACUUAAAGCACGGCUGGCACUGCAACUGGAGGAGAACGAGGUCUUGAGAACCACUCUGAGGAACACGAUGAAGGACAAGACAGAAGCUUUACAAUUCUUCAAGGACACGAUGGUCCAAACCAAACAGGGCUUUCAGCAGGCCUACAGAAAGCAUGAGCAGGGCACUUAGUUUGGUCUAAACCUUCCUUUUGGCUAUGAAUGACACCAUCAAGAAGGCUAUUUGUAGGAAAACAGAAACAAGACAUGCAGUCCAUAGGGCGAUCUGUCCAAUGUUGACUUCACACACACAAAAUGUUCUAAGGAACCCAUAGUUUUUUUUUAGAUGCGAGAGAUUUUCAUGUUCCAACAAUUGACCGUAAGUGACCAAGAACUGCAGAAUGUUCUGAAGUCAUCUCUGGAUAGUGAAAACCGCUUGUUUGAUAUAUAAGCUAUACUGUAUAUCCAAUCAAGUACUCAGGGACUGACAAAGUUAAUACAGGACAAUAAUACUUUGAAGCAAAUUGACUGAUUAGACCAAGACAGACCCUGUUUAUUUAAUGAAGGUAGGACAUUUUAAGAAAAUAUUCAGGUAACUCAAGUUCCAAAGCUUUUUUUUCUCUCCCUCUCUCUUUUCUUGGCAUUCUGAAGUGGAAACAAACUUUCCCGUGUUCUUUUCUGACGCACAUUGCUCAUUAAUAUUUGAUUUGUGUGCUGUGGUGUGAAACCAGAACGAAAAGCAAAACCAAAAUAAGCUCCCCAGAAUGCGAAACGCCCCCCUGCUCAUUGUCCAACUGACGCUAGCAAUAUGCAUUGCGAUGACCUGUGAUUUGCCGGCUCUCGUCUUGUUUACAUUUACCAUAUCAGCCUGUGCAUUCAUGCUGGCAUACAUGAGUUAUUCUCUUUCCUAUGUGGCCGGAGGGGGUUUGAGGCCUCCCUUCCCUACACUGGUCUACCACGCUUAAUUUAAACCUGUGGCUGAAGCAGUGUACUCCUCUUGAAACAGCAUACUAUUUCAUUUUCCCAGAACCCUGAGGGACACUGGCAAGCCCAAGGCUGUAAUGAGUGCAAAAGCACCACAAAACAAAAAUAUCGUCCAGGAUUGGAAACUAUGAAAACAUGCCUUAUUUAUGUUGAAGAAACAAAAAGCAGCUUGUGUUUCAAAUGAGAACAGGUAAGGGUUAUUUGAGGAGGAAAGAGUUAAGAGGUAAGUUGUUUAGCCUGACCAGAAUCGUAAACUCUUGCAAGCUCUUUCAAUAGAAGUUUACAUUUAUCUUCAAGGUAGAGGAGAACUCAAUUGUAAUUGUCAGAAACCAAUAUAGCUUCAUUAUACAGCUUGAAAAUUAUGCUGAAAAAUAUAGUAUCAUCUAGAGCAAUGAUUAAUGAACUGCAUAUGCCUGAAUACUUGAAGGCCACCACAACUGUAAAAACUCCAUUAUUGGAAGUCCUCCAUCUGGUAGUAACACAAAAAUGUUCCUAAAACAGUACUGCAGUGCAAAGGCAAAAUGGAGUGACUACAUAUUUUUUAUAAAUUGAGUUAUUAAUUAAGUCUUGUGACAGACAGGUUUGGCUCAACUAUUCAAAGAAAAAGAGAGUAAAAAUAACUACAGAAUCUACACUAAAACCAAAAUAAAAUUUUCAGGCUACGUACACAUUAAUCCAGAUAAAAUUUAAAAUGGCGUUUUCUUUUUCGAAAUGCUCUCCAUCCAAACUGCCUUUUUCAAAUGUUCUCCAAAAGUUGCUCAUCCACACUGAAAAGUCUGAAAACACUUAAAUCCCUUUAUUAUAUCCCUUCUAUAUGGUUUGAAGUCCGACUGUCCUGGUGUUCUGCUGGGUAAACUUCCUGUCGCCUUUGAAAGAAUGCAAUGUGAAGGUUGUACAAGGUAACAUUUAUCUUUAACAAUGCUAUCAAACUGGAUAGCAGGCACAACAAUGCUGCUACAACAUGGGCCGCCAUAUUGUUUUGAGUUACCAUGACUUGAGUGGCAUGACAACGAAUACAUCAUCAUUUUUCAAUGUCUCAGUUUUGACAAUGCGAUCACUACUAUGCCGUUUUCAAAUGUAUCCACGUGGGUGAGCAUUUUUAACAUAUUACGUACAAAAGCGCUCCCUGUGUAGACGGAAGGCCAAAACUUGAGAAAAGGAUGCAUUAGGCCUCAGUAUUUGCAUAGUAUCUGCAUUUUGAUUUUAUAGGACAAAAUGUGACUUAUAACCCAAUAUUUGUGUGUACUAUUUAUAUUUAUGCUUAUUGGAGUACCUUGUUGUUAGCUUAGCAACGUGCCAAUGGCAGUGUCUAUUGAAAUCAAUAGUGAUUUGCAUCUAUUGAGACACGCUAUUUAGACAAUGCACAGAGUUGUUGUCUGUGUAGAGCACUCCACGUAGUCACUUAUGAGGUUUCAGUAUAGAGAGCAGUAAACAUCAAGACAGCUCACUAUGAUUUGGGAACAGAGCUAUGUUGUUUUUACUCUUAAUAGACUCCUAGGGAUAACCACUGUUUCAACAAGUGAAAACUGCAUUUCCUUGAGUGUGCACGUACUGUAAGACUGCUGUAUGUUUGGAGAAGGUAUCUAAAAUGAACCAACCACACAUUCAUUGUCCUCUUGUUUUGUGUAUGUGAUUGAGGCCUUGGGUGAUAAAGCAAAAAAAUUUAAUAGACUCUGA